AGUUGUGUUACAGGGAUAAAAACAAAAAAGACAUGGCCUGGCGCGAUGUGUCUGCUGUUGUUGGGGAAUCUGAGGCUGACUGCCGCAAACGGUGGAAAUCCUUGCGUGACCGCUUUACUAUUGAGUUGAAGUUGCAGCACCAGCCAAGUGGAAGUGCUACUUCGUUCAGGAAGAACUGGGCUUAUUUUGAUACUCUGUCUUUUUUAAAAGGAACUGUUGCACCCAGAAACACAACCACCAACAUUACUACCGAAAUAGAAGACUCUGGGUCUUCAUUUGCGUUUGACUUCAACGAAAGUGGCAAUCUAGUUUUAAAUAGUCAAACAGAAGACUCGGAACCUGUUCCUCCUAAACGUAAGAAGCGAAAUGAAGAUCAGGACAGCAGCUUGAAUUCAUUAGUUGAAGAUGUAAGUGGAUUUUUGAAAAGCCAAAAACCUUACGACAAUAUCUUGGGUGCCAUUGGGGAUAUUUUCGAAAAAGUUUCCCAAGAUCAGCAAAUUGAUUUUAAUUUGCUGCACUGCAUCUAUUCGAUGAAACUUGACUAA